UGGAGUUUGGUCUGGAGUGUCGCGGGUAAAGCAGACCGACAACGUCGUCCCCUCACCUGCGGACACACACGUCAUCCAGGUGUGACACCUGGCGAUUUACACAACAAUGUACUUCUAUUCAGAAAGGUUAACCGAUCCCUAUCUUAAAAGGGAAAGAAGGAUUGGGCAUUGGUCCAGGGAGUGCCUGGUGAUGUUAUCAUUUUGUGACAUUUGACACCCAGAACAUUGAGACAGAAGUCUUUUGUGUAGUGAUGACUUUAAUCCAUGACUCAGGCAGUAUCAUUGAUCUUUGGCGCCAAGCCUAUUCAAAUCGUGUGACAGAACCGGUUUGGUAACUUUUCGGGGGGCGUAUCUUUCAAGUGUUUUCUGACAACACCGUGAGCUUGUCCCUCUCCUUCGUACCUAGGUUUCUCCAAAAUGUCAUCCAAGAAGCCGUUUCCAAACGGCGAGGCAGCUCCGGAAGGUUCUGUAGGUCGCCAUGGAAACCGGUGGACCAAUGGAAUCUUCAUGGCGCUGUCAGGACUCGCGGCUGUGGUGAGUUUCGUAGCCCUUCUGUUCAUGGUGCGGGAACUCGCCUCCAUCCGGGAUCAGCAAAUGGCGAUCAUGACAGAUCUGCAAGGCCUGAAGGAUCAGGUGCUCCAGAUGCAGUUGAAGCAAGAGAAGGAGGCUGAGGACAAGACCGCAUCGCCGCCGCUCAGCCCUGAUGGCCCUCCUGGUGACGUCCGCUCAACUGAGGAUCACAGCGCCACCUUUUGGAAGAGUGCGGAGAUGCACCGCAGAUCCAAGAGGGACACCCUGGACAACGCUAUCCCCUUGCAGAACAAAUUGAAAGAAGUUCUACGCCCGCCCGGUCUGCAAGGUCCGGUCGGUCCUCCCGGACUCCCUGGACAGUGUAGCUGUCCAACCCCAGCAGCCCCGACUUCUCCAGGCAGACUGUGCAGCAUAUAA